GCGUGUUAGUUUCGUAUUUCGGUUGAAUCGAAAGUGAGAAUUUGAAGGUUAUUAUAAUAGAUCAGAUGAAAUGACUCAUGGAGCGUUGGUUACGCAGGAACGUUGUUAUGUAACGUUCCCAUCACAUAAUGAGAAGCGAAAUGGAAAUGUCCACCUACGCUAUUUACGUGUACGGAAAAUCAAUUCUAAAUUACGUAUCGGUUGUUAGGUGAAAAGUAUAUUAUAUAAAAAUACAUUUAGGAUAAAAAAUUAAAUUUUCAUAUGAUUAUUUACAACGUAUUUAGAGUUUAUGUGUCUUAUCGUAAAUUCGUUAUGGUAACGGUUCCGAAAUAACGAUUAGGGUGAUAACAUAACAUCUCGUGUGUAGUUGUAAUCGCCUCGAAUGCGGCGUUGCCGGGUAUAUACGAAAAAAGUAUAUUAUAUCUAGUAAAUAUUUAAAAACUGUGUAAGGAUGAUUAAUUUAGGAGGUGGAGUUUCGGUAAUAGUAUAAAAUAUGAUACUUUUGAGGUACGGAGGGACAAAAUGUGUAAAAUAAAUAAUAAUUAUCUGUAAGAAAAUCAUAUUCAAGUUUAUUAGCCUCUAUUUCGUGAAAAUAUUGAUGGAAUAUCAUGGAAAUUUCUGGAUUCAUGAAGGAAUUAGUCCUCUUUUGAUAUAUCACGCAUACAAACAUCUAGGAUCAAGUAUACAGGAUAAAUUUGAAAAUAAAGUAAAUUGAGAAAAAAUAAUUUCCCUCGUAUCUUCUGAAAAAUUGAACUUACAGAUUUAUAAGUAUACUCAAUCGUUUCAGGAUUAAUUCUUGUAUAAAAUGUCCAAUUUUCAUGUAUUGGUUUCCGAGAUACAGGCUGAUAAAGUUGGCUGAUAUUCUAAACUCAUUGAAAAAGUCAUGAUUCCAUAACUUCCCUUAUAUCUCCCAAACCAUCAAACUUAUAGAUUUAUACUUAUACUCAGUCGAUUCAGAAUUAAUUAUUCUAUAAAUAGUCAAAUUUUCAUGUAUUUUCUCCAAUUUGUUUCCGAGAUACAAGCUGAUAAAGUUGGGUAUUAUUCUAAACUCAUUAAAAACGUGUUAACUUUAUAAUUUUCAAAAUAAUCAACCGUAUAAUUUAAUACACUCACUCAGUAGAUCAAAAUAUUUUUUUUUCGAUAUAAUUCCAUCAAAAUUAAAUAUACAUCACGCUUUUCCCAAAUUUGAUAACAAACGAUUAUUCCCAAUAUAUUUAUAUCACAGUAUCAAAUUUUCUCAACCAACCUACUAAAUCCGGCAACGCCGCUCGAAAUUACACGUUCGACUAUCACGACGCGCAUUUUCAAUUCCAGUAUAACCGAAUGGCGCGAACCGUACACUCGUCGCGUGGUUCUAAGACGAUUACAUGUGCACAACGUAACCAGUUUACAUAACAUUCACGCAGGGCCACAACCUAACCUCACAAACUCAGUGCUGCAUCGCGAAAGGGCCCUAUUACGUAACUGCAUCGUCAUUAUUAUAAUGAAAUAAACGAUGCGGGAGUACGAGGUUCGUAAAACAGAAUUAUCGCAUAAUUACCCCGAUUUUUUAACCUCCCUCGGUACGUAUACGAAACCUAAACUAAAGUGUGACGGUAGAAUUUUACGUAAAGAUACUGAACGUAUUAGAAAAUUCAAAAAAUUACGUAAACCUCGUAAUUAUUAUUUGAAAGAGUUCGGUAAAGCUUUAUUUCGAGCUAUGGAUCAAAAUCGACUUUUGUUUAUGUGUCCUUUAUGCAGGAAAGUGCUCGAAUGUCCGAUGACCGUCGAGUGCGGUCACACUUUUUGUAAGGACUGUAUAGAUUCGGCGGAAAACGAUUUUUUCGAUACUUGUGUUGUUUGUUUGUUGAAAUUAACGUCUCAGAAACGUCGCGUUAAUGUUUUGGUACAACAUCUGGUGGAAAAAUGGAGGGAAAGGAAUAAAAAUGAUAAAAGAAAUGCAAAUGUGGUACCGAAUACGGAAGAUAUAUUAGGCGUGGCGCCUAGGUACCACCUUCGGUCCGGUUACGCGGGACUUCACGUUAAAAAGGACAUGCAGAAUAAGAUAUCGAGUUUGUUGGAGAAAUCCACAGAGAGGUUGUCGUAUAAAAAGGCAAAACGAAAAACGAGAAACGGUGGUAUUUGUGGUACGACUUAUUGGUUUGAAGGACAGCAAGGAUAUGGACAAGUUCAGGAAACUCUGGAUAGCGUUUUUAGAGAAGUUGAUGAUAUUCAAGAAGAAGCUCUGAAAACAAGUUGGAACUGCAUAUUAUCCUGCGACUUAGAAUGCAUCCUGUGCAGCAGAUGCAUUUUGGAUCCUGUGACGACUGGUUGCGGACACACGUUCUGUCGUGGCUGUUUAACCCGAGUACUCGAUCACGGUCUUCCCUGCCCCCUAUGUAUGACCUCCCUCACCAUUUCGGAUUAUUCGAGGGGCUCCACGGAAGUACUACAAGAAGCCAUCAAAUUCCUAGUGCCACAAGACUACAAUGAAAGAUUGGCGAUCAAUUUGGAGGAGAGUUCGAUACUGGACAACGGUACCGAUGUACCGGUGUUUAUUUGUACGAACGCUUUCCCGGGCGUCGCUUGCCCUUUGUACGUUUACGAACCGAAGUAUCGUUUGUUGGCGAGGAGGUGUCUUCGAUCGCCGACCAAACGUUUCGCCAUGGCGGGAAAAGACGCCGGCGGCGAUAAGUUCGUCCAAUACGGCACUUUGUUGGAAGUCAGGGACGCCGUGAAUCUCGAAGACGGUCGGUUCAUUUUAACGACGGUCGGUGUGCGGAGGUUCAAAGUCGUCAGUAGAAGCGAACAGGACGGUUACGACACGGCACGAAUCAAUUAUAUGAAAGACAACGACGUUCCUACGGAAAAACUACAAGAAUUAAUUUCUAUACACGAAAGGGUCUACAAUAAAGCUUCCAAAUGGAUAAAAUCAUUGAAACCGAAAGUAUUGGCCGAAGUGGAAAGGCUCAUAGGGAAAAUGCCGAAUGUCGAAAGGGAUUGGUUCCAAUUACCCGACGGACCAUCGUGGGCGUGGUGGUUGAUGCCCAUUUUACCACUCAGCUCUCAAUUACAAGUGGGGUUUCUGAGUACGACCAGCUUGGAGAAACGACUCAGAGCCAUCGACAAGAUGUUGGAGCACAUGAAAAUCCGCAUGAAGGCUUUGGAACGAAACACUGUUGCCUGUCCGCAGGAAAUCGAUUCCAUAGAUUAUUGCGGCGAUAAUGGCGGUUCUUUCGAUAUGCCAUAUAAUAAUUAAAUAUUUAUUGAAAACAACUUUUCGCUAUUUAUUACCGAAACACAUCUUUUUAUCGAAAUUUCGAAAAAAAUCAUUAUUGCUGACAAACCCCGUAUGCGGAAAAAUUAAUUUCACACCAGCGUGUACGUUUUGAUUCUAAUUAUACUUGAACGUACAUUCGAAUCGCGGUUUUGGAUUAACGUUUAAUUUUAUUUUAUUUUUUUUUCUAAUACAGGGUUUCUCGUUAAUACGGAUCGCAAAUAAUUGUUACGAACGUCCGUAUUUUUUCGAAAAUUUCCUAUUGUAUGGUUUUUUUCUCUUCCCAAAAAUUAAUAUUUAUAUCGUACAAUCAUUUUAACAUAGACAAAUUUUUGGAUUCUCUAUACUGUAGUUUUCCUACCAUAGAUAUAGAUAAAUAAUAAAAAACCUGUAUAUUUAUAUCUAUAUAUAUAUAUAAUGUGACCAAAAAUCUAUUUAUUUUUCUAAAAAUUUUUUAUUUCCAUAUAUUUUUUUCAAUAUUCGAUAAAACUCGAAAUAUGUCGUCGUGCGCUUGCGUAUUCUUUUAAUUUCUUUCAAAGAUUAGUUUUAAAUAUUAUAAAUUUCAUAUUUAUUUUUUUUCCAUGUGAUAAUAUUUUAAAGCAAUUAUUUAUUAGUUCGGUCAUUAUAUGAAAAACAUUUUCUUAAAUAAACUUUUUAAAUGAA